CAAAACCACGUGGUUGGUCAGUGGGUGCUGUCCGUUAAACCUGUACGGAACAGUUUCCACACGCCCGAUUGUUGUGUAAGCGUCUCUCCCACCCUUGAACCUGCGUCAUGCCGACGUCACCUGUUAAAACGAGGAUCCCCCUCACCAGCUUUGGACACUUGGUAACAGAGGUGAAGAGACAGCUGUUUGGCAUUGAGGCCCCUUCUUCUGUGGAACUGACGGGUUGGAGGAAAUACUUUAAUAGCUACACUCUGCAGGGUCGCAGAAAUUGUGUCUUGGCUACUUAUGGGAUCUUUGCAGUAACGGCAGCUGCCUACUUGAUGCUUAGACAGAAGAAAAAAGAAAACCAGACAUCCACCUCCACGGCCUGAGAGGCUAACGUCUUGCAGUCAUGCCUUUUCCCUGUGAUGUGAGGGGUACUGCACCUUCAAGUCAGCUGCAAGUUACAGAGUGUUAAUAAAUGCUUCGUCCGUGCUUGUCUGAUCAUUAUUCAUUGAUAUAAUGAACAAUCUGUCUGCUGCUGCAGAAACUGCAACAAAAUCCGUAAUUUUCUUAUCCGUUUAUUACCCUUAAAGCAGCAUGUUUUUCUCUAUAAGAGAUAUAAAAUAAGAAGAAUGGCUGCACAUUUUUUACAGUUUGAUUCAUGAAUGCAUUCACGUUCAUGACUUUGCUUGUAAUCCUUUUUGAAUUCUUGGCUGCAAGUUGAUUGACGAGGUAGUCGGUUAACCUGCAGUCUAUUGACAUGCUUGACAUGACAUGGAAAUAAUUACAGCCUUUUGACUAUGCGCUGAAGCAUAGUUAAGCAUUGUUACGCAAAGCUGACAGAACAAAAAGGAAACAAGAGUCUUACCUGAGAUCUUACACGCAGGCACCUGUGCUGCUUCUGCUGCUCCUGCUGCUGCAUCACUGAGGUUUACACUUACUUUACACCACCGGGCUUUGUAAAGCAUGAUGUCCACAGGUAUGUGUGAGCCUUUCUUUCAUUUUGUUAUAAAUAUAAACUAAACUUGUAUAUAAACUGAAAUAUAUCCACAAAAAACAAUUUUUAAAGCAAACAGCGCUGUAGUAGUAAAACCAUCAACCCAUCCGUGAUGCGGAUGUUUGUUUUAUAAUCGGUAUUGGUGUAUUUUUCAUGCAGCUGUAACAUUUUUAAAUAAAUAUAGUUAUUUGCAUUCAAACCAAUCUCAAAUUCAGUGUGCGUACUCGCUACGCACGCACACACACACACACACACACACACACACAGGCUCUGCUGUGAGAUCACAUGAUUUCAAGGAAUCUGCGAGCUGAAGUGAAAGCGAAAGUGCGGUCGCGAACACCUGAAUCAACGGUUUGAAGCGCGCAUGCGCGUUUGAGCGAAAGAAGGAGCGCGUACGUCCUCUGAAAACGAAAUCAUCUUUUUUAUCAAACGAGUUGCGACUUUCUGGGGGCGAGAAGCCGACUGUAGCUCACUGCUGCGACACCAUGGCGUCUCAAAGUGCACUGAGCAACAGAUGACCAGCCGGGAAGGAGUGAAUGAUGGAGGAUCUGCCAGUGAAAAACGGAGUAACUGGUGCAACAGGUGGUCAAGAGGAGGAUUGUUCUUUGUAGGAUGGUCAGAGACAAUUGCAAUAAAGUGGUAGUACAAAGCCCAAAACAGAGCCACGCAGCCGAACCACAGAGCCCGAGUGAGCCCUCUGAAGAACACCGGGAACAGAGCCCAAACAGAGCGGAGUCGAGAGAGCUGGAUUUACUGCACUGGGUCAAAAACAACUGUGAGGAAGACGCUGAGCUCUGGGAAGUGACUGGAGCUGAUUCCGAUGGCUUGCCCACACACCUCCGUCCGUUCACCAGCGAAGCAGAGUAUAAACUAGUAAAAAGUACUUACCAGCAGCUUCUGCAGAGUGAUUACUACUGGGGAUCCCUGACCAUGGAAGAAGCCCACGGAAAACUCAAAAAUGCUCCUGCUGGAACCUUCCUUAUCAGGGACAGCGGGCAGCCGGAUGUUUUCUUCACUCUGAGUUACCAAAGUGACGAUGGCCCGACGAGUAUUCGCAUCCAGCUGAACAAGCUCCACUUCAAUCUGUUUGGCAGCCAGAGGACUUUUCCUUCACUCUUUGCUCUGCUGACUUACUACACCAGCUCCUGCUGUAAACUGACGGUGCCCUUUCGUAUUCACCGCCCAGAGGGUCUGAAACAGAUGUGCAGGAGGGCCUUUGUAGGCGUGUUUGGAGCAGAUAGGAUAAGCACAUUACCUGGUCUCAACAAGCAAGUGAGAAACUACCUUUGGGCAUACCCUCACCCUAUAUAGACCCAUGUGCUCCAAGUUUCUGUGUCAGGACGUUGUGCUAUCACAAGGAUAAAGAAUUUUAUUUCUUACUUUUUAAAGAAGUUAUCCUUUGUAUUAUAAAUGAGAGAUAAUAGAAGAUCACUGCAAGUGACUGCUAUGAAUGAUAUUAUUGGAGAGACAAGCGAGUAGAAGGCCGUAACCAUCAGAGGUAGAAAUGGCUACAUGAGGUAAUUCAGGCGACCUGCGGCACAGAUGGACAACCUGAAGGUUUCUGGUUGUUGAGAGGUUAUUUGCACACCUUCUGAAAAUGUAUUGUUUUACAGAUUUGACAAAGCACGUGUUAACGUUGUUUUGUUUUGUUUUGGGUUUUUUUUUUGGGGGGUUGUUUUAUAUGCACUGUCAGAAGUCAACAAUGAUUAUUUAUAUAACUAAAGUUUCUAGCAAUUUUCCCUGUAAAGGCUGCACCACUGCCUGUAUGGUGACAUUUCAGUUUGUCGUGCCUAUGAAAAUGUCAUAACUGCUGCUGUUUAAAGCUGCACUAGCUGAUAUCUGAACUUAUGAACGCAUGAGCAAGCAGCCAUGUCAACAGCUCAUGAACGUGAGGGUAAAUCAACUGUAAAAAUCCACUUGGAGUGAUGGUUUCUGGCUCGUUCCUUCUCUUUCUUUUUUUGCGUUGCUUGUUUGGUAACAUUAGGUUAAUUAUCUCAAUAUCUUGGUACAAAGGUUCAUUUGCUCUGUAUGAUGGGGGGAAACAGAGGAACGGAUUCCAACCGCUAAAUUGAUGUUUAUAAUUCACAGAAUUUGCAGUUAAUACGAUUCAGAUAUCGGUUAACUUCGCCGCGGUUCUUUAUGAGGUUGCAGAUGUAAUCUUCCCAUUACAGAAGGAAUCCUCUUUUUCUGUUAUCUCACAAAAAGAGGAUUCCUCCAGCUGUAGCUGACCUUAGAUUCUGUAGUUUUGCUCUCACCUGUAUUUAAAAAAAGCAUCGACUUUGUGUUUUUUGUCUUUCUGUUGGGGUUUUGUGUUGGCCUUCUCCUGCCUGGCUGUCAAGGGGGUCGGCUACAGCAGCUAAACUAAGCAGCAGAGUUGACUGAAUGUUUGUUUUCGUCACUUUUGUCUAUGUAGAUUCCACCAUAAUUCUUUUUUUAUGUAAAAGUAUUGAUUAAUGCAACUGAUCAACACUUGAAAUGAUUCUAGUUACUGUCUUUGGUCUUCUGGUACAAUAUGCAUGUAAUAUUGUCUUGUUCAUAUUGAAUAAAUAAUUUUUUAUACUAGAUAAAAUAUAUGUAAACCUAAGAUUUGAUUACUGCCCACUCAAAGACAGGAAGAGGAAUACAAAUCACUUCCUUUCUAGUAAGUAUGUAAGCUUUGAAGGUAAACAUGACAAAAACCUAGAGAAUUUUUCAAAACAAGAGUAAACAAACACAAGUGUAAAUACAUUAGUUUUUAGCUGUUUUUUGGCUUUUAUUUUGGGGGGGUUUUAGCCAUUGAAGGUUUUGGUCCUGUCAGUUCACCAACAGCUACACUGUGCAGAGCAUUACGAGACAGUAGUGUAAAAAAAUGACGCUUUGCUUGCUGUGCUCUGCUCAAUGACAGUGGGACAUGAGUCUAUUUUUAGUAGUUGUUAGUAACAGGAUACACAUGUACUUCUCAAGAUGCGAUUGAGGUGCAGGUUUUAAUCACUUAUCAUGCAUUUUCAGAGGCUCAUUAUUAAUCAGACAGCUGACUGACGAGCACUUUCUUUAUUGCACAUCAAACAGCUAUGACCUUUAAAAUAUUUUAAAGUCAGGUGACUUUAAAAUAUUUUAAAGUCAGGUGACUUUUGUCUUUUUAUCUAAACAAUAGAUCAAAACAAACUUAAUUAGCAAGUGAAAGCAAAACUUAAAAAAACAAGUAAAAAGAAAGCCUUACGCGCCACUCUCCAGGCAAAAGUCUCGCCCCUACUUUAUCUGUAAACUUGACCUUCUUUUUGCAGUUUUAUUUAUUUAUUUUGCAGUUUUAAAGUGACACAUAUUUCAGAAACAAUAGUUUCAGAUUGUUAAAGGACCAAUGCGAUGGUUUCAGUGGAAGCCUUGUUUGCAUUCCUUUUCUGAAGUGUUUAGUAUGAAUCAGUCACAAAGAUCACCUCUGUGAGCAUGACUAACUACAUGUCUGUGUGAUUUCAUUUUAACCAGACUGACUCUGUGUGGGUGAAUUAAGGCCCACGGCUUAUUUGGGCUCUGUGCUGCGUUUAGCGGUGUUACUCCGGCCUGGUAUAAAGCUGACGCUCAGCUGAAAAGCUUUUUGAUCAUUUGUUCAGAUAAGCGGUGUGCACACAAUGCAGUGCAAAAGUGUCCACAUACGCACAUUAUAGAUUUUUUGUGGCUUUCCGUCAUCUGUUCCACUUCCUGUCCUAAAUCUGACUGGCAGUGUCCCCUUUAGUCUAAAUUAGCCCUGCACCAGGGACACACACACACACACACAUCCACACUUUCCUGAUCCUCAAAUUAUCUUUGUCUCAUUAACCUUAAACAGGCUGAUGUGAAAAAAAAACACCACUGCUGUGACACACAUAAACGCGAGGAGAGCUUAUUUGUUGAACCCCUUCCAACAACAAUGCAAAGGUAAAGAGCUUUUUAUAAAAGGCUUGUUAAGCAUUAACAGCUCAUAUCAGUAGCAUUAAAAUGGACAUGCUCAAAGGCCUGUAUAGAUUUUAAAAGUGCUGUGAGUUACACCAGUGAGAAAAUAGCCCCAUCUGUCUUUAUUGCUUAUAUAUAGAUACCGUAUUGGAAAUAUGCCCAUGUCUGUGGGCAGGCACAUCAUCAGCCUGGGCUUUCAUGGCUGGAGCCUCGGGAUCUUAUUAAUGAAUAAUAUUAAUCAAUAAUAUGGUAAAUACAUAAUCAUCACAUCAAAAAUUUGAUGUUUGGAUCAUUGAAUUGGCAUGUGAUGAUUGCAUUGCUUUUACAACCAGUGCAGGAGAGGGAACAGGAGGAGUGGGCAGAGGAGAUGAAGAGUGCAGCAGGUUGAUGACACAGUAAAAGAGCAGGAAAGGUGAUGAAGAGGUGAGCACAGAAAAGACCAGACAGAGGCAGCACAGUUUGGAAGGGCUCAAUAUGACACAACAGAAGCAGAAACAACGAGAAAAACUGAACUAACAUUAUCAAUGUGUCAACAUGCAGCCUUACACAUGAGUGCUUUAUCAGCAUUGUGGUUUUACUACUGAUGCUCAAAGUCAGCCUAAAGCAGGGAUUACACUUUCUGCUAGGGGUUAGAUGGCUAGCGCGGGGCUCCACGUGGACGUCCACAUGCCUUCCCGAUUUACAUUACAGUACAGCAGCUGUGAAUCAUAAUGUGGUGUUCUUAAAGCAGAUGUCAAAGAAGUAUAGAGUCAAUGAGUCCAUGUCAGCGUCCACAAAGGAGUAUAAUCUAGGCUUAGCACCCCUGACUUUAACUAUUAGCUCUGAUAUUCGAUAAUAAUUUUACUUUAUAAUCUAACUUCAAAAAUGUGUUACUGAGCGAAAAUCCAAGAAGAUUUCAGGGAUGGGUCGAGGCACCACUGUUGUAAGGUCUUGGCAACGCUUCUGUUUGUGACCCAUAAAGCUGGAAGAGACCACUUCUCUCUUCUUGGUGUCCUACUUCCCCUGUCCUCAGUAUUGAGGGGUGGGCUCAUGUUUGAGCAGGACCUUCAGUUUGAUCCCAGCUGCACACCUGAAAUCUCUGUAUAAGGAAGACAUUCUAAAUAUCUUAGUCAUAGUUUCUGCUAUUAGGUGUUUCCCAGGUCACAUUUUACUGUGAUCUCACA